CCAUAAGCCGCACUCUCUAUGAAACUACAUUUGAUUCGACUAUGAUGAUCAUGGUGUGGUGAAACUGCUUGGUAGAGGUGUUUGCAUUGUUUGUGGUGGAGCAGCAAGGCUGGCUUACUCCGCCCACAGCGACUCCACCAGUACAACAAACAACAAGGCUGACAGAUGCAAAGCCACGGCAGGCAUAUAAUCAUGUUCUGAGCGCCAUCCACCUCAUUCGAGGCCUGAGUCACUAACUCUACACCCCAUCGACCAUGUCUUUUCAAGAUAUUCCCGAGUUCCUCCUCCUCUGCCGCGAGGAAGAGUCCGUCACCGCCUUCGAGGAGGCGCUGGCGCGACAGUGGCCCGCCCACGCGACGGAGCCAAAGGUCCAGUUUCGCAUUGUGCGGCAAUCGCUGCGCGACGUGCCUGCGACCACCCCGUUCGACCUGAUCGUCUCCCCCGCCAACUCCUACGGUCUUCUCGACGGGGCCUUUGACGAUGCCAUUACCCGCAAAUUCUGCCUCCCCGACCAUCCCUACGAGACCCUGACGCGAGCGGCGCAGCAGGUCCUCUACGAGCGCUGGCGCGGCUUUGUGCCCCCCGGCACAUGCACGCUGGUGCCAUUCCCCGAGUCUUUGACCCCCAACGAGUGGGGAUGUCGGUGGGUAGCCCUCUGUCCGACGAUGCGCAUGCCCGACCGAGUGAGCUGGGAUCGCGAGGUGGUGUACGAAUGUAUCUGGAGUCUGCUGGGACAGCUAGAAGGGUGGAAUCGGGGGCGUGCGACGGAUCGCAUGGAGCGGAUCCUGAUCCCUCCGCUGGCCACCGGGGUGGGUAGGGUCAGUCCGCAGCGCUGGGCGGCCCAGAUGGUACUGGCGGUAAGACAUUUUGUGGAUGCGCUGGAGCGACCGGCGCACUGGAGCAAGAUGAACUGGCUAGAGGCGGCGGAUCAUCAUCGUGAUAUCCUCCCCACGUGGAAUAUGUGAUGGCGUGAGUUAUGAUGGGGCUGAGGAGGAAGGAGCCGGGGGGGGGGGAAGACAGGGAG